AUGAGGCUCGCAAAUCGCUAUAUCUCCAGUAUACCGCACUUGUCCGCGAGCGUUCGUCGGGUCUCGACACGGGCUGUGCUGUCCAAACCCCGAACGGUCUUGCACUCCUCUUCUUCCGGGUUGGCACAUGUGCAGCAAACUGCUGGGUAUCUCUGCCGCACAAGACUACCCAACACUCGCUCCUUCGGCACAUCCCAACGAUGGUAUGUCGCCGACCAAACAGCGCCACAUGCGGAAAAGCACCCCAUCGCAGCACUACGCAACAUCUCGAUCAUCGCUCACAUCGACGCGGGCAAGACAACACUUACCGAACGGCUCCUGCACCUCACGCACGCCCUCAGCGGAACCUCGUCCAGCACCUCGAAUGCUCUUCCUGGUGACGUCGACUCCGGCAGCACAGUGACCGACUUUCUCGAGCAAGAGAGAGAGCGCGGGAUCACCAUCCAAUCCGCUGCUGUCGGGCCCGUGUGGUGGCCACCUCCGUCCUCCGGAUCGCAACACGCGGAGAGACCGCCGGUGGGGAUAACGCUCGUCGACACGCCAGGGCACAUUGAUUUCGGGAUAGAAGUUGAGCGUGCUCUACGCGUUGUCGAUGGCGCCGUGGUUGUUCUGGACGGCGUCGAAGGUGUCGAGGCGCAGACGGAGAACGUGUGGUCCCAGGCGGCACGGUACGACGUCAAGGCAUCGCUGCUGUUCAUCAACAAGCUCGACCGGAUGGGCAGCUCGAUCGCGCAGUCGCUGCGCAGCGUGAUCCGGUCCGGCAUGCAUAGCAGACCGCUGCUGCUGCAGCUUCCUAUCCCGGUACGCGGGAGCGACGAGCCGGGGAUCGCUGGGCUGGUGGAUCUGGUGGAGAUGCAGAAGCUCACUUUUGCAGGCAAGGCAGGCGAUGUGGUAACGCGCACACCGCUGCAAGAGGCGGAUGAAAUGUUUGAGGAGGCCCGCCAGGCGCGGCAUGCGCUGGUCGAGUGUCUCGCGUCGUUGGACGAGGAGCUGCUGGAAGAGCUGUUUGGGCUGCCGACCAGUUCGAAUGAAGAACCGCAUGCAAAAAUGUCAGCUGCGUCGCUCAAGGGUGCGAUCCGAAGGCAGACGUUGGCGGGCAGUAUCUUGCCUGUACUGUGCGGCUCGGCUGCGAAGAAUGUCGGUGUCCAACCGCUGCUCGAUGCGAUUUCCGACUUCCUCCCAAGCCCUAUGGACAAGCCAUCUGUAACGGGAACCACGUCUUCCUCCGAAGGCAAGGAAGGUGUAGAAUCCAGCAGCAGCAGCGGCAAGGACGUCUCAAUCUCGCUGCAGGACAAACGCACCACAGCUCUCGCCUUCAAGGUGGUGCACGACAAACGACGUGGACCGACAACAUUUGUCCGCAUCUACUCUGGCACGCUCCAACGUUCCAGCGUGCUGUUCAAUACGACCACGGGAGCGCGGGAACGUCUCUCGCGGGUGCUCUUCCCAUUCGCGGACCAGUACGUCGAGACAGCCACCUUACGAGCGGGACAGAUCGGCGUCAUCCUAGGGUUGCGAGACACGCGAACAGGAGAUACGCUCGUCGACAUCUCUUCCACCCCGCACACACAAUCCAAGUCCAGCAGCAGCGCCAAGCUAGACACCGACCAGGCAAAGGCUCUGCGUCUCAAACGCGUCCAUAUUCCCCCACCGGUGUUCAGUAUGUCGUUGGAACCUGCAAGCAAGUCGGACGUCGAUACGGUUUCGGAAGCGCUUCAUUUGCUGAUCCGCACCGACCCGUCGCUGAGGCUCGACGAGUCGGGCGAGGGCACUACGGGCCAGAUGGUGCUGAGUGGGAUGGGCGAGUUGCACCUGGAGAUUGCUAAGGAUCGGCUGGCGAACGAGUUUGGGGUGAAUGCACGGAUGGGUGCGGUCCGGGUCUCGUAUAGGGAGACGCUGGACGAAGGCAUGGGUGGUGUAGAGGUGGAGGAGGUGGUGGAGAGGGAGUUGGCGGGGAAGAAGAUCAAGGUUGGCGCGAGGAUGAGGGUUAGAGGAUUGGAAGAGGAGGAAUUGCAUUUGGCGGGGGGUGCGGAAGCGGCAGUGUAUGGGGGCAACGUGGUCGAUGUUUCUCUGGCCUCUGCUGAUGGAGAGGAGGGCGAUGGAAAGGACUUUGACAAAGCGGGAGCAGAGGACGAGGAGGAUAUCGAGGCAUAUCUCGCCGACACGCCCCAAGCUCAUCGCAGCAAAUCUUCCAAAGGCACCACCUCCUCUACCGCAUUGUCCGCCUCAGACCUACCUCCAGGCAUCGACCUCUCCACGCUCGAGACCAUGUUCAAAACUGGCAUGGUCGCAGCGCUCUCCCGCGGCCCGCUCACUUCGAACCCGCUCAUGAACCUCCACAUCUCGAUCUCGAACAUCCAGCUGUUCGGCGACCUUUCUUCGUCCGCAGCGAUCUCGUACCUGCUCUCGCACCUGCUGCGCAAAGCCCUGCGCACCGAGCCCAAACUCAACCCGGAGACCGGCUUGGCCACCUCCAGCGCCACGCCGCUGACAACACUCAUGGAGCCGAUGAUGAGCACGCGCAUCACGCUGCCCGAAGCACACCUGGGCAAAGUGAUCAACGACAUUACCGCCGAACAGAACGGCCUGGUGCAGGACGUCGUGCAUCUUUCUUCCACUUCGAGCCAACAGGGCGAAAGUACGCAAGCGGCGGAAGAAGAGGUGUUUAUCCCCAAUCCGCAGACGAACCGGUUCGAGGUGCAGUCGUCUGCUGCUUCGGCCGGGGUUGCUGGGAAAGCAGACGGGGGAGAGGCCAUGGGCAAGGCUGAGAUUCAUGCUGUGGUACCGCUGGCGAAUCUGGUGAGGUACAGUUCCAAGUUGAGGGCGUUGACGGCGGGAAAUGCGCAGUUCAGCAUGCAGUUGCAAGGGUUUGCGAAGGCGUCUAAGCAGAGGCAGGCGGAGAUCCUGCAGGAGUUGGGGCGAUAG